GUGCGCCAUGCCUUUCUUUGAUGUGCAGAAAAAGCUGGGCAUUAGCCUCGAUCGCCACUUUGUAUUCCAAAGUGUUGAGCAGCCCUUCAAGAUUCCCUCCCGAUGUCAUGCUUUCGAAAAAGAGUGGAUAGAGUGUGCACAUGGCAUUGGUGCUACCCGGGCUAAAAAUGAGUGCAAGAUAGAAUUUGAAGAUCUCGAGGAAUGUUAUCUUUGGAAUAAAACGAUGAAUUGCCUGGGUGAAAUCAAACGACAGUGGGAUAAGCUAAGUUAA